AUGGCCGAUCAUCUGUCUCAAAAACGAGUGUUUGUCUUUGCUUGUGCGGAUCUGUCUGAAAAGGGAGAAUCAUUUUCAUGCUCAAAACUCUCAAAAGGUCCUCAAGUGAGCACAAUGGCCUUCCCCAUGGACGACAUCAUCGAAGCUAUUGCCACGAACAACUCUGGCAUUUUGUAUCUUAUGAGUAAGAACUAUAAAGAAGCCAUGAUGUCGUUUCUUUAUUCAGCGAGGAAAACGAAAGAACUUCUUCUGACUAGACUGAGAAAAAAUGGAGGCCGAGGAGGCUUAUUGCACAGUCAAGUGCCGUUUCCACCUGACCAAAGACGGCACUCCUCCCAGUUCACCAUGGAGCUUGUCGAUUUUGGUACCACCGAGUUGGGAGCUGCUGAGCUAUCCGAUGAAGAGGAUCAUAUUUCGUCGCUUGUCUGCAGGAAUGCUAUCUUCGUACGUCAAAUCGCACCCCAGACCCCAAUCGUGGAUGAUCUUACAUCUAUCACAGUUAGUGCUCUCUACAAUCUCGCAAUUACCAAUCACCUUGCGGGAAUCGAUCACCGAUGUACAUCCAAGCUCGAAAUGGCAGUCCAGUGUUAUGAACUUGUGCUCAGCAUGCAAAAGGUAGGUACUACUGCUGGGCUAUCCACGCCGCACGUGAUGUCUGCCUUGAACAAUGUGGCUAUGAUACAUCGGGUUUUGAACAAUGAAAAUAAGCUGCGACGUAACCUUCAGCAGCUCUUUGUGAUAAUGGCACAUAUUGACACAAGGGAUGGGGAACGGAACGAACGCUACUGGAUGCAAUAUUUGAGGAACAUAACAAGCCUAUUUUUGCACCCUUCAAUCACCGCAAAAGCAGCAUAA